AUGGAACGUGUAUCUCAUGGGAUCAACGAGAUGGUUCAUGAGGAGAUUGUAUCAUACCCGCAGGCCACUCACUACGUUGUCAACUUUAUGCACCAAACCAGUCUCCUCCAGCAGUUCCAACAUGUUGGGAUCGAGGAGGACGAUGGCGAACUAACAGGCUUCGCGGCAAUGGAUGUAGGUGUGGAAGACGAUGGGUAUUAG